GACGGUAUUUGUUGUUGUUUCUGGGGCAAGAAGUAGCUAGCUGGUUAGAACAGUCGGCUAUUUAAGAAUAUAUUUCGUUUAAAUAAUUUAAUCCAAAAUAACUGUUCGUCGUGCUCAUUAUAUGAUAGCGUUGGUUACGUGAAGAGUCGGUGUGGAAUUUUCACUUGUAUUUGUUUUUAUUACGUUUUUCCAAAGAAGAUGGACAGUCAGUACCAGCGCUCUGUACCACUGGAGGUGAGGAGGGCAGAGGGUGAGAGGGUGCGAGCCAAGCAUCCCGACAAGAUACCGAUCAUUGUGGAGAGGGCUACCAGGUCGAGAGCUCCUGACCUGGACAAGAAGAAGUACCUUGUGCCCUCUGACCUCACAGUGGGUCAACUGUGCUUCCUGAUCCGACAGCGUGUGUCUAUGAGACCUGAGGAGGCUCUCUUCUUUUUCGUCAACAACUCCCUUCCCCCAUCCAGUUCUCCUCUCUCUGCUGUCUAUGAGGAGCACCAUGAAGAGGACCUGUUCCUAUACAUGACCUACAGUAACGAGAGCGUCUACGGUGCCUGAGACGGGACAAAAGGAGGAAAGAGAGAGCGAGAGAGACAGGAGAUAGAGAUGGGAGAGAACUCUUUGUACUGUUUCAGCACUAUUAUUCUUUAAGUAUUUAGGAGAUGGCAGUGGGGAGGAGAUGGCGGUGGGGAGGAGAUGGCGGUGGGGAGGAGAUGGCGGUGGGUAGGAGAUGGCGGGAGAUAGGAGAUGGCGGUGGGUAGGAGAUGGCGGUGGGUAGGAGAUGGCGGUGGGUAGGAGAUGGCGGUGGGUAGGAGAUGGCGGUGGGUAGGAGAUGGCGGUGGGUAGGAGAUGGCGGUGGGUAGGAGAUGGCGGUGGGGAUGAGAGUUUGGUGGGUAGGAGAUGGCGUUGGGGAGGAGAGUUUGGUGGGGAGGGUUUGUAUAAGUUUUGUCAGUAUUUUUGGGGUGAUCAUAUUGUCAGUAUGCUCUCAACCAUGGUAAGGCAUUCUAAAUUUGAAAAAUAACGGGGUAAUUGGAAAUAGGGGGAGUGAAAAAGAUAUUUCAAUAAAAUAAGAGUGUUAAGGGGAAAGCUCUUUUAAUUUCUAUCUUUCUUUCUCAGCCAGCCAUCUGUAUUUAAUGCAAAUAGUAUUUUUUGUGUGUGUAAAUUAAUAACAUGGACUUUUGUGGAAAAUAAAAUCCGAAAUGCA